CCCCCCCACAGGCCCCGACGGCGCCUUCGGGGGGACUUUAAAGAAACUCAGGGCCUGCCAGGCCUCCUGAGGGCCUGAUAUAGGGCGGUAACCCCUCCCCCCCACCGCAGGGCACAUAAGGCGUUGCCUCCGAGUCAGUCCGGGAAUGGGUUUCGUGGCUUGGGGGGCCAAUCACAGCCAUGGGCCCCAAGAAGGCCCCGGCCAAGCGGGGAGGGAAGGCCCCUGCAAAGAAUGGUGGUAAGCCUGCGAGGCCGGCCAAGAGGCCCAACAUCCCAGACGACUCUUCAGAGGAUGAGGGCGGGCUGGAGCUCGGGGCCAUCAGGACGCUCAUAGCGCGCCUGGAAGCGCUGGAGAAGCAGCGCUCGGCCCCCGAUGGGGAUGAUUCUGGUGGGGGACCCUCAGGGGUGCCCCGACCAGCGAGGAAGGUGCAAAAGGGGGAUAAAAGGGCCAAGCUAAUGCAGGGUUUUACAGAUCGCUUGGCAGCACUCGAGGCGAUGGUUGGAACACCUUCAUCGGAAACGGUGGCGAACCGGCCCAGAGACGGUGACGACCGCGGAGAAGGUCGGCAUGAUGAGGGCAACUUCCCUGUUCCAGUUUCUUCUCAUCAUCCCAAGGAGGACUCACUGAAACCAAUGCUUUGGCAGGCAGAGGGACAAGAAAGGCAGGAGAAGGAGAGCAGGAAGCAAGCAAGCAAGCAAGCAUGAGGCCCUGCUUUAGAUAUCUCAGACUCUUCAGUCUGAUGAACUACAGGACAGAAGGCUGAAUGAUGCCCAUACCCCGGGGGGAUGAAAUGCUGGAAUCUAAGGAUGGAUACGUUAUAAACAAGAGUAGCUCUUAUCCUUUAGUUCACCCUGCUACUAACCCUUCCUACCAGAGACAGCUAAAUCAAUCCCUCCGGGGUGACAACCACAACAUUCGGAAAAAGAACAGGAAAAUCAGGGAAGAAAACAAGACUUUCCGUAAAGAAAACAAGGCCCUUCGUGAAAAAAAUCGUGCCCUCCGGGACACAAACAACAUUCACUGGGAGGAGAACAGCACUCCAACGGAUAUUAAACUGGAUGCCAUGGAGGAGAAAAAAGCUCUUGAGGAGCAAGAAAAGGCCCUCCGAAAGCAAAACAAGGCCCUCCGCGAAGAGAUACGGUCUCUCCAGGAGCAGGAAGUAGCUUUUAAAAUGGAAGAGAAAGCUCUUCAGGAGGAACUUAUGGCUUUGUGGGAGGAGAACAUGGCCUUUCAGGAACAGAUAAAAGCUCUCAGAGAUAAUACUUCAGCUGCUGUGGAAGAGGGAAAGUGUCUUCAGCAAGAGAAAAUAGCCCUCCAAGAAGAAGAAGUUGCCCUCAAGGAAGAAAACAGGGCACUCAAAGAAGAAAGGAAAGCUCUUGAAGAGGAAGAUAAAGCCCUGAAGGAAGAGAAUGAAGUUCUCCAGGAAUGGAAGGAAUUCCUCCAAGGCACCAACAGUUUUGAGACGGAAGAGCAGUCCACAUAAUCUGAGGAUGUAGGCGGGGGAGGAUCUUCCAGCAUACUGGCAAAAAGAAAACACAAGUCAAGGCAACUGAGGUGGCUGUGCUACAGACAUUUACCAAGAUUUAAGCAUUAACAUGCAUCACAAUAACUUGGUAUCUGCAGCCUUGAUUCCAGGAUGCUAAUAAAUCCCUCUGGAAGUGCAGAGCG